AUGGAGCUUAUAGACGCCGGACAGAGGGAAAUACGGAAGCAAUGGCAGAAACCAUCAUUUGAUGACGAUUAUGGGGUCGGGGUCUGCCUUGAGCAGCUCGGGAGCUGGCUGGUCCUCACCUCCGGGGCCAUCACCGCUCUCACCUGGAGAGCCCCACCGUUAGCGGCAGCGCCCCCUGCUGGCAAGCGUCGCCUCUCCUCGGCCCUUUUUGGCUUCCUGCCACCACACGGACCCAGGCACACCCUGGCACUGCAGAAGCGCUCAGGGACCCAAGGACCGGACCUACAGCAAAAGGCCCCUCAGAAACAAAGGAGCCUCCCUGCGGCGUGCACCCUGGAAAGUCGGUAUCCCAAUCCGCAGCUUGCGAGCCCACCCUGCCCCCGAAAGGCGCCUUCACCACGACGGCCCUUCCAGGCUCCAUCUCCAGGGACUGCAGCGGGCCGAGCCGGGCGGAGGCGGGACGGCGACGGGGCGCAGAGCCAAGCCGGGCCGAAACCGGGGCUGAAGCGCCAUCUAGCGCUCGCCCGCGCGACCCCAUUGUUCCUCCGAGAGUGGAGGUCGCGCCCGGUCCCCAGUCGGGGGACAAUUUACUGGGGUAAAAGCGGAGGGUGGGUGGUCGGUGCGGGCAGGGACCGCGAGAACAGAAAGCCGGAGAACAACCAACGUCGCCCAGCCGAGAGCGACCUGGCCGCAGGCCUCGCCCCCGCGCCGCGGAGCCCCGAGCCCGAGGGAGGUGCCAUGCGGAGCGCUCCGAGCCGGUGCGCCGUGGCCCGCGCCCUGGUCCUGGCCGGCCUCUGGCUGGCUGCAGCCGGGCGCCCCCUAGCCUUCUCGGAUGCCGGGCCGCACGUGCACUACGGCUGGGGCGAGUCAGUCCGCCUGCGGCACCUGUACACCGCGGGCCCCCAGGGCCUCUCCAGCUGCUUCCUGCGCAUCCACUCAGACGGCGCCGUGGACUGCGCGCCGGUUCAGAGCGCGCACAGUUUGAUGGAGAUCAGGGCAGUCGCUCUGAGUACCGUGGCCAUCAAGGGCGAGCGCAGCGUCCUGUACCUCUGCAUGGGCGCCGACGGCAAAAUGCAAGGGCUGAGUCAGUACUCGGCUGAGGAUUGUGCUUUUGAGGAGGAAAUCCGUCCGGACGGCUACAACGUGUACUGGUCCAAGAAACACCAUCUCCCGGUCUCCCUGAGCAGCGCCAGGCAGAGGCAGCUGUUCAAAAGCAGGGGUUUUCUGCCGCUGUCUCACUUCCUUCCCAUGCUGUCCACCAUCCCAACAGAGCCCGAUGAAAUCCAGGAUCACUUGAAGCCCGAUUUGUUUGCUUUGCCCCUGAAAACAGAUAGCAUGGACCCAUUUGGGCUCGCCACCAAACUGGGAGUGGUGAAGAGUCCCAGCUUCUAUAAGUAA